CGCCUGAUGUCCUCCUAUAACCUUCCCGUCUAAGUAUCGUCCAAUCAAAUACAUUCAAACAAAAAUACACAACACAACAGAAGUCUGUGGCUCAAUCAGAGGUCCGGGGAGCAGAAAAAGUAGCAGGUGGUCAAGGCCCUGGCCAACCCCAGUGAAGGCCUGUGUAACUGUAUUUUAAAGACAUCCUUGUACUGCGAGUACUCCGGGAGAAAAAUAUUUUUGGAGCUGGUAUGUGUUGUAAAAAGUAGUUAAGUAAAGUAUUUAACAGGCUAAAAAAAAAAAAACUGUCAUCAGUGCAACUGGGUAAUUCUCCGUUUCAACACCAGUGGUGAAUAUUGCCCCUCCUCUCUCUCUCUUUCUCUCUCUCUCUCCCUCUCUCUCUCACCCUUCUACUUAUGUCUAGUCUCCGCUCUGAUCAUGCAGCUGCACUGUGGGUAAACAGACGACAGGAACUAAGGCCACAGGACAGCAGACAGGUACUUGAAGUUGCAAAUAAUUUGAGCUGUGAGAUAAUAUGGAAGAACCUGAGUUUUCUACCACUCUGGGAUCCACAGAGUCCCAGGAGAGAUCAACGCUGACAGCUAACAGGUGCUGGGAGAACCUUGAGUGCUACAUGGUCCUGAUGAAGGCGGAGAGGACGGCGAUCGGUUCCAUCUGUUUCCUGGCGGGUCCCGUCACCCUGCUGGAGAACACUCUGGUGUUGGCGGUGAUCAUGGCCACCGCCUCCCUGCGCCAACGGCCCUCCUACCUCUUCAUCGGCAGCAUCGCUCUGGCGGAUAUCUUCGCCAGCUGCUUCUUCACAAUCAGCUUCCUGGACUUUCACCUCUUCAGUCGCAGCGACGGCCCCACUGCCUACCUCUUCAAGCUAGGUGGCGUCACCAUGGCCUUCAGCAGUUCAGUGGGAAGCCUUCUGCUGACGGCACUUGAUCGCUAUCUCUGCAUCUACCAGGCGUCCACCUACAAGGUGAUGCUGACCAGACAGAGGGCGCUGCUGAGCCUGCUGUUCCUCUGGAGUGCCACAAUCUUCAUCGCUUUCUUGCCUUUAAUGGGCUGGAGGUGUCCCACCGGCCUGGCCCCGCCCUGUUCACGCCUGUUCCCCUACAUCAACAGGAGCUACCUGGCCUGCUGGACAACUUUCAUCCUGGUGUUACUGGCUCUGAUUCUGGCGGCCUACGCUCUCAUCCUGUGGAAAGCUCAUUGUCACGAGUCCUUCAUGACCAGUCUGCGGGAAACAGCGGCGACCGGCCACAACCGCAUGAGGAUGGACAUCCGACUCGCUCGGACCUUUGGCCUCAUCCUUGUAAUCCUGGUGGGCUGCUGGCUGCCGGCACUUUCUUUCAUGAUAGCUGACGUCUGUGUCACCCUGACACAUAUGCAGCAGAGAGCGUUUGCCUUUUGCAGCACGCUGUGUCUGGUUAACUCCGCCAUCAACCCAAUGCUAUAUGCCCUGCGCUGCAGAGAGCUGAAGGUGGCGCUGCUGCAGCUACUACAACGGCUGUGCGAGAGUGGGAAGUGUAAAACUAAGGAAAACCUAACCCCAACGCUGCCCUCUGCAGACGACGACAACUUCACUGCCAUGUUUGAAGAAGAGCAGCAACGGUCCAGAGACACCAGACUGAACUCCAUCUCUGAAAUAGUUGACAAUGAGCAUCCGGAGUUCAGGAAAUGAAGAACCUGAAGCUGGCCAGAUGGACAGGGUUAAUCCAAUGUUUA